GAUAUUAUAUAUAUCUAAAUAUGUCAUUUAAAAAAAUGCGAUAUAAACAAUUAUUGCAAAAGAUUCACAGUAUGAGCGAAGACAGAGACGACGAGUUCUUCAAUAAGUUUAUCGGCGGACGUAAGGGUGCACUGAAAAAGAAGAAUGUCUUCGAGGUUCAGGAACACAAAUUCAUUGCCCGAUUCCUACGACAGCCGACCUUUUGUAGCCACUGUCGGGAAUUUAUAUGGGGAUUGGUUGGCAAACAGGGCUACCAGUGCCAGAUCUGUGCGCUGGUUGUUCACAAACGAUGUCACGAAUUUGUCGCUUUCCGUUGUCCCGGUGUUGCCGACAAAGUACACGAUCCCGAAACCGAUCCGCGAACCGUUCAUCAGUUUCAAGUUCAUACCUACUCGAGUCCGACAUUUUGCGACCACUGCGGCUCAAUGCUCUACGGUCUCAUCCAUCAGGGACUCCAGUGUCGGGCCUGCGAUAUGAAUAUACACAAGAAGUGCAAAGAAAAUGUUCCCAAUCUUUGCGGUUGCGAUGCCGUCGAACGGCGCGGAAGAAUUGAACUGAAGAUACACACCGAGCCUAACAACGAUCAAAACCAACUCAAACUGAUUUGCGAAGUCAGAAGAGCUAGAAAUCUGUGUAAAAUGGAUCCGAACGGCCUGAGCGACCCGUACUGUAAGGUUAAACUGUUUUCCGCCAAUUCCCGAAACUCGUCGUCAAACAAACGCAAGACACGGACAAUCAAGUCGUGUCUGAAUCCCGAAUGGAAUGAAGUCCUGACAUUCGACUUGAAGAAUGACGACAAAGACCGGCGAUUGUUGAUCGAAGUAUGGGAUUGGGAUCUGACCUCACGGAACGAUUUUAUGGGCUCACUAUCGUUCGGUGUUUCUGAACUAAUGAAGACACCAGUAGAUGGUUGGUUCAAAUUGUUGGGCGCCGAAGAGGGCGAGUUCUACAAUGUUCCGUUACCGCCGGCCGGUCAGGAUAUCAUACAGCACUUGAAGAAAUUGCAAAUCGGAUUCAAAUCCAAGUCUACGUCGGAUACGAUGGGCAUCGCCGCCACCGACGGCAAUGCUAUGGCCAAAUCAAUACAAUACACAUCGUUAAGAGUCAAAUCGGAAAAUAUAGUCCGUUUCGAAGAUUUUACAAUACUUAAGGUCUUAGGAAAGGGUAGUUUCGGUAAAGUAUUAUUGGCAGAGAACAAGAAGAAACCGAACGAAUUGUUUGCCAUUAAGGUUCUCAAGAAGGAAGUGCUCAUUCAAGACGACGACAUCGAGUGUGCAAUGAUUGAGAAGCGAGUGCUCGGACUCUACAAUAAGCCGCCGUUUCUCGUAGAACUUCAUUCCUGUUUUCAGACCAAAGAUAGACUAUACUUUGUCAUGGAGUACGUAAACGGCGGUGAUCUCAUGUAUCAGAUCCAGAAGUGCGACAAAUUCAAAGAACCUGUUGCCUGUUUUUACGCGGCCGAAGUCGCUAUCGGACUCUUUUAUUUGCACCAAAAAGGCGUUCUCUACAGAGAUCUCAAACUAGACAAUGUUAUGCUGGACAGCGACGGUCACAUCAAGAUUGCCGACUUCGGAAUGUGUAAAGAAGGUAUUGUCGGCAACGCCAAGACGCGCACAUUUUGCGGUACACCAGACUAUAUCGCACCGGAAAUUAUCAAAUACGAACCGUACAACAAAUCGGUUGAUUGGUGGGCUUACGGUGUACUCGUCUACGAGAUGCUUGUGGGUCAGCCGCCAUUCGAUGGCGAAGACGAAGAAGAAUUGUUUGCAUCGAUUACCGAUAACAAUGUUUCGUAUCCGAAAUCCAUGUCGAAAGAGGCCAAAGACCUUUGCAAAGGAUUGCUGGCAAAGGAUCCAAAACGACGGCUCGGUUCGGGCACUAAUGAAGAAGAGGACAUAAAAAGUCACCCGUUUUUCCGGCGACUCGAUUGGCUGAAGAUAUAUAAUCGAGAAAUUCAGCCGCCAUUCAAACCCAUUGUUAAGGAUCCGAGAAAUGGCGAAAAUUUUGACUCUGUCUUUACCACAGCCCAGACCACACUCACGCCCUGCGACCACACGAUUAUCAACAAUCUAACCGGCAAUGAGUUCCAAGGCUUCUCUUAUGUCAAUCCAUUUUUUGACAAAACACUUGCGUAAUAUCAUAUGAUAUCUUAAUAAUAAUUGUUAUUAUUAUUAAUAUAAUUAUCAAAAAAAAU